CAUUAUAUUUAACCUUAAUACUACUAUCUGUAAAGAAAUAAUGACUUUACUACAUUAAUAUAAUAAUAUUAUAUAAUAAAAGACCUAUCAGAUUGUUAUCUAGGUCUAAGAUAUAAUUGUAACUAUUUACUAAACGAGCAUUUGGUUCGUUGUCUUAUAUCCUUCAUAAACUUGUUUAUCUUCAAGCUAACAUGACGCUAGAAAUUGUUUAUAGAAUGGUAAUUAUUGCUGGCUUCCUUUCGUUGUUUCAUUCUGCUUAUUCAGCAGCUCAACAUCGAUCUUAUUUGAGGUUGAAUGAAUUGGAUUUUCUAGCACUACCUCUAGAUAUUAGUUUACAGGCUAUAUUCAGUUUAUAUGUAAUUGUUUAUGGUGUUCUCCAAAUAUCUGGUAAUUUCAAAGAAAUCAAGGCAUCCGCAGAAUUAGAUAACAAGUCUUGGGGAACAUUCAAGAACAUACCAUCUUUUUACAUGUUUUGUCAUAGAGGUAAAUCGUUUUCAGUUUAUCAUACUGCACAAAAUCAACAACACAUGGAAGUUGAAUAAGCAAGUGCAAAUUAUAAACUUUAUUUAUUGAUCAAUAUAGGUACGUUGUGUUGGUAAAUAAUAUACAGUUGUCAACUAUCCCUGUAAUUUAUUAAAGGAUAGAAAGCAAGUUAAGUAGCUGUAAGCCCCCCUCUUAUAAAAAUUGUUAUUUCGAUAUACAAUAACUCAGUUUUACUCUUAUACCAUUAAGAUCCUAUGUAAACACAAAUAUCUACCAUUUAUGAUAAUAUGUAAUAUGAAACUAGAGUGCUUUUCUACUGUUAUUUGGUGACUUCAGAAUGGUUGAGUAAUUAGUAUUCCAAGGUGUAGUUAGAAAAAAUUAAUUUUAAUUUCAUAUCUCAUUUCACCAAAAUAGACUAGUGGAAAUACAAGGUUAAUUUUCUUAGGAUUUAUCCUAAAUAUGCAAUUACAUUUUACCAAGAAUGAAAUCAGUAUUGUGUGAUUGGAUAGUUUCAAAGUGUAGUGAGUCAUCUGUAUUUAAAUAAAUAUAUUAAAUUUUUCUAUACAAAAAAUGCAAUAAAACUGGAUAUUUCAAUAAAAAUGUUUCAACUGUU